GUUGACGCACGCUGACGUAAGCUCGUAAGCGACGCCCGCCCUGCCUGCGUUCGGCGGAGAAGAUGGCGGCUCCGGGACCGGGGGAGUAUUUCAGCAUCGGGAGCCAUGUCGCCUGCCUCACCUGCCUGGGACAGCGCUUACAGGGAGAGGUGGUCGCUUUCGAUUAUCAGACCAAGAUGCUGACUCUGAAAUGCCCCCCGUCCAGCGGGAAGCCCCUCUUGAACGACAUCAUCCUGGUUAAUUUAGCCUUUGUGUCCAAAGUGGACACCAUCAACGAGCGUAGCGGGACUCCGCCCCCUUUAGCGUCUCUCAAUUUCAGUAAGCUCGCCAGCAGAGCUCGGGCGGAAAAAGAAGACAAGCUGUCGCAGGCGUACGCCGUCAGUGCCGGGGUCUCGCUGGACGGCCAGCAGCUGUUCCAGACCAUUCAUAAGACCAUCAAAGACUGCAAGUGGCAGGAGAAGAGCAUCGUGGUGAUGGACGAUGUCGUGAUCACGCCGCCGUACCGAGCCGACAACUGCAGAGGCAAAGAGGGCAGCGCGUUAGCACACGUACGCAAAAUAGUGGAGAAACACUUCCGUGACGUAGACCAGAAGUCUGUUCAGCGCUCACAUGCACAGAAAACACAGAAGGACUCCGUCGUGUCGGCAUGAGCGCCACCAAGCGCUCUUUUCUUUUGUUUGUGUUUUUUUUUUUUCGGGGUUUUAUUUUAUAAUCCACCCCGAGGCCAAGUUCGAGGUAAUCCGCCUCCUUCGUCCACGCCGGCACGGCCGUUCAACACGUCCACGUGACGAACAAAACAAAAACGAGCCGAACCGACAGAUUUAGUUUUAGAAACUAUUUAAAAUAAUAGAGCGGUUUUUUUUUUCCUAAUUUAGUUGUUUUUUAUUUUUUAUAUAUAUAUAUUCUGAAAUAAAUCUCCUUCACCCAACA